GCACCAUACGGACACGUCAGCAGGCCACAUAACAUUACGUUAGGAAGAGAGAAAAAGGAGAUAAAAUUAAAACCAAUCCCCCAAUAUUCCCUUCGUCCUUCGAUUUUUCAUUUUUUAUCGAAGAUAUCAAAAUACUACAAGGUUCCAGAUUAGGGUUUCUCCACUUCAAAUCAGGGACGAAGAAAAGGAUCAAUUUCUGGUUCGAUCUUUCGAAACGCAAUCCAUUUUCCUCUCUAUGAUGCUCACUGAUUUCCUUUAAGCACUUGGAAACAACAGAAUUUUGGAGGCCCUGAUUCGAACCCUAGGGUUUGAGUGUUGAGUCAAGUGAUGGACGAAAAUGAAGCUGGAGGCUACGCCGGAGAUCCGAGCGAGCAGUUCCAUAGGAACGAAGCGAUAUCCGCCGUCGCCGACGAGGGUUUCCUCGGCGAGGAGGAUGACGACUACGAGGAUCUCUAUAACGACGUUAAUGUUGGUGAGAACUUUCUUCAGUCGUUUCGUCGGAACGAGGAUAACUCGGGGCAAAUAAAUGAGGAAGUGCAGGACAACAAGGCGAAGCUAACCGCGCCUCCACCUCCACCUCCUCCGCUGCAGCCGCCGCUUGUGGAGAGUGGAGGUGUAGCUUUGCCAGAUGAGGGGCCGGCUUCUUCUAGGGUUCCUGGCAGAGUAGAGGGAUAUCAAAAUAUGGGGUUUAAAGGAAAUAGUAAUACAAUUGAUCUUGGUGUUGGUAGAGGAGCGGGUGCACCAGUUGGUGGUGGUACUGGUGGUGGAUUUAGGGUUGAGCUGGGGCAGCCAUCAAAUAAAGUAGCUGAUUUGGAAGAACGGGCAGUGAACAACAGUGUCCCGAUUCAACAAAUGGUACAUCAUCAACCACCACAUGCUGCUAAUAUAGGAGUUCUUGAGAAUGUUAGACAUGUGGGGAAUAUGAAUGGGACUACUGGAAAUGUGUAUGGAGGUGAUGGUGGGGUUGUAGGGAUUGGUGGUGCAGGUGAUGCUGUUGCUGUAGCUGGUGGUGGAGGUGGGGGUGGAGGGACCAUUCUUUUCGUUGGUGACCUGCAUUGGUGGACAACAGAUGCUGAGCUGGAGUCGGAACUGUGCAAGUAUGGUCCGGUAAAGGAGGUGAAGUUCUUUGAUGAGAGAGCUAGUGGUAAGUCAAAAGGUUACUGUCAAGUUGAGUUUUAUGAUCCGGGAGCUGCUACUGCCUGCAAGGAAGGGAUGAAUGGGCAUUUAUUUAAUGGGCGCGCGUGUUUAGUUGCAUAUGCCUCGCCCUAUACUGUUAAAAGAAUGGGUGAGGCCCAGGUCAAUAGAAACCAACAGCAGGUGGGUCCAGCACCUGUUAAUCAACCACGGAGAGGCCCUGGGGAUUUGGCCAAUAAACCUGUUGGUAACAAUAUAGCCACCGGUGGGGGUUUCCCGGGAGGUGGUGAUAACAAUGGUAGAGGCUUUGGGAGAGGAAAUUGGGCUAGAGGUAAUAAUCAAGGAGGGAUGGGAAAUAGGGGUGCAAUGGGCCCCAUGAGGAACAGGGGAGGUGGAAUGGGUGGUCGUGGCUUAGCAGGUAAUGGAUUCGGGCAAGGGAUUGGUGCUCCUCCUCCAAUGAUGCAUCCUCAAGCAAUGAUGGGCCAAGGUUUUGACCCUGCUUUUGGAGGCCCAAUGGGGAGAAUGGGUGGCUAUGGGGGAUUUCCCGGUGCUCCUGCAGCACCCUUUUCUGGAAUGUUAUCUUCGUAUGGACCUGUUGGGAAUGUUGGUAUGCCUGGUGUCGCUGCACAUGUUAAUCCGGCGUUCUUUGGUAGAGGUAUGCCCAUGGGUGGCAUGGGAAUGAUGCCCAAUCCCGGAAUUGAGGGGCCUAACAUGGGAAUGUGGCCGGAUCCUAAUAUGGGAGGAUGGGGAGGUGAUGAACAUGGAGGGAGAGCAGGAGAGUCUAGUUAUGGGGAGGAAGCUGCAUCAGACCAUCAGUAUGGAGAAGGGAGCCAAGAGAGAGGGACAUGGCCACCAAAUGCCAUAAAGGAGAAAGAAAAAGGAUCAGAAAGGGAUUGGUCUGGCUCUUCCGAGAGAAGGUACAAGGAUGACAGAGGAGCUGGUUAUGAAAGAGAUGUGCCUGUGCCUAGAGAAAAAGAUGUGGACCGCGAUAAUGAUUGGUCUGAAAAGAGACAACACCGUGAUGAAAAAGAUGUCAGUAGAGACAGGCAAAGGGACCGUGACAAGGAUCGUGAGCGUUCGGUAGACCAUGAGCGUGGCCGUGAACGUGAACGAGACCGGGAACGCCAUAGGGACGAUAGAGACAGAUAUGCUGACCACCAUAGGCACAAGAACCGUGACGCAGAAUAUGAUGAUGAAUGGGACAGGGGAAGAUCUUCAAGGACUCAUGGCAAGUCAAGGGUAUCCCAUGAAGGUGAGCAUAGGUCAAGAUCAAGGGAUGCCGAUUAUGGGAAAAGGCGACGCCUAACUUCUGAGUAACUCAAACGUGUCUGCGGAAUAUUCUAGGAUUUAGUUCGGAAAGAAAAUUGCUAGAUGCUAAAUGAUCCGUGUUGACCAUCAGAACCUAUUUCUCCCAACGUAUCAGAACCUUUUGCUUUCUGAUUUGAUGACAACCUUCGAGAGACUGCAUUUCUUUGAUGCAUGAUUCAACUUGAAGGUUAUCAUUAUUUACUGGAAGCUGGUUCUACCGAAGUUGGGAAUUCUUGCAAAAGGCUUCUAACUAUUCGAAGAUGGGAUGAAAGUGUGGCGCGCACCUCUUAGCAUCUGCUAGUGGAAACGUUUUAUUUCAGUUUGUUAGACAUUUCGUUUAUGUUUUACGUUUUAACAAACCAAUGUUGUGGUUAAAAUGCUAAAGUCUGUUGUUGUUGCUGUAUGAUGUGUGAUGUAUUAGAUUAAAGAUUUCGCAGGAUUUUCGUCGUUUUGCCCCGAUUUUUUGUUUUGAAUUUUCUUGUAAUUCUUUUAAACCCCCUCUUGUUUUUCUUAUUGGGGUAUAUCAUGUUUAACUGCAUUUUUUUUUGGUUGGCGAAUAUCAGGUAGAAUGUUUACAGUAGCCACUGUACAUGUGUAAAUCAAUUGUAUGUAAAUAGAAGUAACAUGUACCUAUAUUACACAGAGGUUGAUCUAUUUGUAGUUUUGUACAGUUG